AUGAAGAUCAACGCGCAAGAAAAGGAAAAGCCAAGAUCGUCUCUGAGGAAGACGAAGAGGAGAGCGAGAAGAAUCUACGAUCGCGUUCCUAGAAAGAUAAGGUCUGAAAAUCUUUCUUGGGCUUCUACUUCUUCAUCUCUCCUCCACCGCUCUCGUUUUGAGCCUUCUUCUUCACGCUUACUCCAAUCGUCCCCAUCUUCGUGCCUAACGGAUAGCACAAGCUCCGUGAGCCAUGCGGUGUCACAGAGGAGCAGUUAUAGUAGUAGUAGAUUCCAGAAAUCAAAGGUGGUUGCUCUGUUUUCAAGGACGCCAAGGUGGCUUAUUCAGGUGAUGAGAGACAUGAACGGAGAUGAUCCCAGACUCAUCUGUGAGAAGAGUCUUAUCGUGGCUGAUGUUAACCCAAACGAGAGCCGUCUCUCGAUACCAUUCAACCUUUUAAUCAGAAACGACUUCUUGACGCCUGUAGAAUCGAGAAUCAUAGAGGAAGACAUCAACAAAGAUGAGAAGAUGGGAGUGGGAGCGAUUCUGGUGGACCAAAGGACCAAAAUUUGGGGUGUGAUUUUAAAGAGAUGGGAUGUGAACAACGGAGGCUCAGACUACAACUUGGUUUGUGGGUGGGACGACGUCGUUAAGGCUAAUGAAUUGAAACACGGCGACUACAUCACUCUCUGGUCUUUCAGAUGCCGUGGAAUCCUCUGUUUUGCUCUUGUUCCUCUUACAAUGAGACAGAGGACCUCUUCCAACGCUCUCAGUCUCUGCUAG